UCCUGUCAAAAGGGAGGCCACACUGCUGGACCGUAAUGAGUACAUGGGACUGCGUCUAUCUGCUACUUUGUGCAACCCUCUAUCUUCGAGUAGGAGGAGCACAAGAAGGUUUCAUAAGUCUGGACUGUGGCGCCUCAGAUGGCACAAGCUACAAAAGCGAUAUUGGUCUGUCUUACACCUCAGACGAUUCAUACAUUUCCAGUGGAGUUGCCAAGCAGAUCUCUUCAGACUACCUGACUAGCAGUAUUGCUCAGAUCUACCAUAGAGUAAGAAGCUUCCCUCAGUACACAAGGAACUGCUACACUUUGGGCCCCUUAACUUUGGGCUGGAGAUACAUAGUCCGAGCUUCCUUCAUGUAUGGGAACUACGACGGGUUGAGCUCCGUUCCAAAUUUCGACCUCUACAUGGGGCUGGAUCUCUGGAACAUGAUUCAGUUGGAUAAUGCAACCCAUGUUUUACGAACUGAGAUCAUCAAGAUUGCAACCUCCACUUCCCUAUCAGUAUGUUUGCUGAAGACAAACAACAGCAUGCCGUCUAUAUCAGGUUUGGAACUUCGCCCAUACAAUGGCAUAUACUCACCUGAAAAUGGGUCAUCACUUGUGACCUUUAAGAGAAUCGACUUUGGAUCGACCAAAGAAUCAAGGUUUCCUGCUGAUCCGUAUGAUCGCAUAUGGACGCCAGACUACAAUGCAUAUGGGACUCCGAUUAGCACUGAUCUGCAAGUGAAGGAAGUUUAUGACAAGAGAUUUGGAUUGCCCACUGCCAUCAUGCAGACAGCUGUGACCUCUUCUACUCCCAUUACAAUCAGCUGGACCACAAGUGCUGACAUUUAUAUUUUCAUGCAUUUUGCGGAACUGAUUCAGUACAAAGGAAACCAAACAAGAAAUCUCACAAUCGCCGAGAAUGGACAAAGUUGGACUGAUCCUUUCUCUCUUGACUAUCUCGUUCCACUCACCGUAUACAGCACUUCACCUGAUACACUGGGAGACUAUUCAUUCUCAAUAGGUGUUGCAAAGACUUCUACUCUUGGUCCAAUCGUAAACGCAAUUGAGAUCUACGAAGCCCGUGACGUCACUGGCUUUUCGACCAAUCAACAGGAUGUUGACGCAAUCACGGGAGUUAGAGACAACUACGGACUGAAGAAAAACUGGAUCUCCGAUCCAUGCCUCCCCCAGAGGUACCCUUGGGAUGGAUUGGACUGCAGCUAUGGAAAUCCCUCAUCACCAAGAAUCAUUUCCUUGGAUCUCUCGUACAGUGGCUUGAAUGGCUCCAUAACGAAUUACUUUUAUCAAUUGGCAUCAAUUCACUCAUUGAACUUAUCAGGAAAUAACUUGGAAGGAUCAAUACCUGAUUUCCUUGGAAAAAUGACAAGUUUAACAACGCUGGAUUUAUCGGGUAAUGACUUUUCUUGCCCAAUUCCAAGUACCCUCAGACAGAGGAUGGAUGAUGGAUCACUUUCAGUAAGGUUUGACAAUAAUACCCAACUUUCCUUGGAUGGAACCUGCAAGAAGAAACAACACAAUGUUCUUUUGCUAGUGCUCUCCGUCUGUGCUCCCACGAUAUUCCUAUUCGUUCUUGGAAUCGUUCUAAUUAUGAUUCUUAGGAGAAAGAAGAAUAUGAGGCAGAACCAAGGUUCCACCUUGAGAGGCAAUAACGCAAACACACACACACUAUCGGCAUUAGAAAGUAGCUGUAUAUUCACCUACGGUGACAUAGUGACGAUUACCAAUAACUUCGAAAGGAGGAUCGGUAAAGGAGGAUCUGCGGAUGUGUUUUAUGGAAAACUAAUUGAUGGCCGUGAAGUGGCAGUCAAGUCAUUGACCAGAACAAGUGUGCAAAGGAGCAAAGAAUUUGCAGCAGAGAUUAAGUUACUAACAAAAGUUCACCACAAGUACUUAGUCUCUUUCUACGGAUUCUGUGAGGAAGGAGAGAAUAUGGUACUCGUUUAUGAAUAUAUGUCUGGAGGAGACUUGAUGGAGCUAUUAUCAGAGGAUUCCAGGAGCUCAGUGGUGGUUAGCUGGAAACAAAGAUUGGAAAUUGGUCUAAGCUCUGCCACAGGGCUGGAAUACCUGCAUUCAGGAUGCCGACCACCAAUCAUACACAGGGAUGUGAAGACGAGCAAUAUCCUUCUCAAUAAAAAUUUAGAAGCCAAAAUUGCAGAUUUUGGACUGUCGAAGAUCUGUGCAACAGACGACAUUACCCAUAUGACAACUGCAGUAGCUGGAACCGCUGGAUAUAUGGACCCUGAGUAUUACAACACCAACAAACUGACCGAGAAAAGUGAUGUAUAUAGCUUUGGGGUGGUCCUUCUCGAGCUCAUCACAGGCCACCGUGCCAUAUUAACACUAGAAUCACAGCGAGUCCAUAUCCUCCAAUGGGUUACCCCCAAAAUUAUGAGGGGAGAUGUUGCGAGCAUUGUCGACCCCAGGCUCCAAGGCCGAUACGACAUUAACUCUAUAUGGAAAGUUGUAGAGGUAGCUCUGACAUGCGGUGAAGAGAAGGCAAUUGGAAGGCCUACCAUGACUGAAGUUGUGAAUGGAUUGAAGGCGGCUUUGGAUAUUGAAGAUCGAGGUUCAAUCGGAGGAGUUUCUGGCAAAAUGUCUUUUGAAGGCCAUCCUCAGUCGGACAUUGAUUCAUCUAUGUACCCAUCAGCAAGGUGAGGAAGAUGUCUCCAAAUUACCAUCUUCAGAUUGCAAAGUACCAAAACAAUGUGGUCGGAUCUAUAUAGGUAUACUAUAUUAUGAGAUUCCCGACUUUUUUGGUUGUGCUUGGCAAAGUUAAUAAUUUCCUUCAGACAAUUGAACUUAAAGUUGAUCUCUGAACUACCGCCCA